GACAGUUUAUGUUGACGUAUGAAAUUCCAAAACAAGAAAAUUUUGUUGAAAUUCGAAACCCUAAACGAACUACAUACAUCUGAAAUAAUAAACCAUAACAUAAAUCCAUCGAAAAUUCAAAGCCUUUUUAAAUAUUCCCACAAACCCAACAAUACUUAAAUCAUAAAAAUCACCCCCGCAACUGAUAUGGUCGAUAGACAACCACAUCUGCGGCGUCGAAACGCUUGUAUAAUUGUCCUCGGUGACAUUGGCCGCAGUCCCCGCAUGGAAUACCAUGCCAGUAGUCUCCUCGACGAAGGCUUCAACGUCGACAUAAUUGGAUAUGUCGAAACAAAACCCAUUGAUGCAUUACUUUUGUCAGGGCCAAAGUGUAAAAUAAACGAACUUACCGCUGUCCCCGAUACAAACCUGACACCAAAACUCAAAUACAUAUUCAAAACAAUCUGGCAAACGCUAAGUUUGCUUAUCGCACUUGUUUCAAUUCGGAGGCCUAAUUUUCUUCUAGUCCAGAAUCCACCUGCCAUACCAACAUUGGUUGUGUGUUAUUUAUACUGUACAGUGACACGCACCAAAUUAAUAAUCGACUGGCACAAUUAUACAUACAGCAUUCUAGCGUUGACUGCAGGCGAGAAAAGUUUCAUUGUUAAACUAGCCAAAUGGGUUGAACAUCGAUUUGGAGCCAAGGCCAAUGCACAUUUCUGUGUGACAAAAGCAAUGCAAGAAGAUCUCAAAGUAAAUUGGAAAAUCAACCAUGCAGUUGUCCUUUAUGACCGUCCACCAUCUCAAUUCCAUCCGAUUGAACUGAGUCAAAAACACGAAUUGUUUAUGAAGUUAUCCAAAGAUUACCCGCAGUUUCUACCAAAAAAUUGUUUAGAUUUCAAAGAGAGUGGAGUCAUAGAAUCCACUGCACUCACUCAAAAACUCAUUAAUGGAAAUGUUCUUUACAAAAAUAAUCGCACGGCAAUCAUUAUAUCGAGUACCAGUUGGACACCAGAUGAAGAUUUUGGAAUAUUACUCAAGGCAUUGGAAGAAUACGAAACAACAGCCUCAGAAAAUAGCAGUUUAUAUCCUGAGCUGUUGUGUAUCAUUACUGGUAAGGGCCCUCAAAAGCAGCAAUAUGUAGACAAAGUAAACGACUUAAAAUGGAAAAAAGUUUCUAUUAUAACACCAUGGCUGGAAACUGAAGACUAUCCCACAGCUGUUGCGUCAGCGGAUUUGGGAGUGUGUUUGCAUUGGAGCUCAUCAGGCUUAGAUUUGCCAAUGAAAGUUGUCGAUAUGUUUGGAUGCGGUUUGCCAGUUUGUGCGAUAAAUUUUAAAUGUUUGAAGGAAUUAGUUAUCCAUGGUCAGAAUGGAUUUGUUUUUGAUAAUCAUCGUGAACUGGCGGAUCAAUUGAAGUUUUGGUUCGAAAAUUUCCCAAGCAAUCCCAGCUUAUUGGAAUCCAAGGAAACUUUCAGGAGAAAUUUACAAGAAUUCCAAUCCCUACGAUGGCGUGAAAACUGGAGGCUAAAUGCUCUGCCCAUAUUCAACUCAUUUAUAUGAGUUGGAUUUUUUAUUAUGCUUAUGUAGGUAUUAUUGUUUUUAUUAGCAAUAUAUUUACAUAAAAAAUGAAAACACUUUAUGACUGGAUAUAAAUCUAUACACAUGGGUAUAACAAGAAUGAAAAAA